GAAGACAAAAACCACAUUUGACAUCCUGUCUGGUGCACAAUACACGGCAGAAGGUGCGGACCCCCCAGCACAGCGACUUCUCAGCGAACGAAGUGACAAAAUGAAUCGACAUGGCGAGGCACAUCGUCCCGGCCUUCCUCUUGUGGCUGCCCUGGGGAUUUGCAGCCGCGUCUGACGCAGAAUCUUCCUGCGGGGACUGUUACCAUAUUGAUACAACCACUCUGGUUGGUGUGGUGAUCGGAGAUGUUUUCUUAACGGUGGUCAUCAUCCUGGUGGUCUACUACUGCACAAAGCAGAGCUUCCAGAGAAGGAAUAACGAUGAUGACAAGAAAGUCUACAUGAACAUGCCGAUAAGAUGA